AUGUCCUUCACCAGGAGCGAGUGGCGCAAUGUCCUGUUCUACGAUGGGUCAAAUGGGCAGCUCUUGGGAGGGUUUUUUCAAGCGGGUUCCAUAACGGAAGCCAACUUUUUUACAAUACUAUCUACGGUGUUGCUUGCUGUGGAGAAGCCUCUCACAGUUCAGGACCAGGGGUCCGGUCAGGUCCUUGGGUUAUCGAAUGAUGUUCUUAACCCAGGUAAUUAUAACAUCUUCUGCCAAGACCCUCUUAUAAUGACCGACGAACAGUGGAUUGCCCGGAUCACAAGCUAUUCUCUCUCAGGGCGAGAAGAGUCGUUUCGCACCGGGGUUCGUCAGAGAGAUGGGAGAUGCAUAAUCUCUGGCCGAGUCAACGAGCUUGCGCAGUGGGGUCGGUGGCAUGGCUUCCAAGCUGCCCAUAUAUUCCCACUUGGGUCGGAGAAUCUCUGGCAUGAGUAUGGCUACGGAGGUUGGAUUACGAAUAUGGACCAUACGACGAGACUUUCGAAGAUUAACUCGGUCCAAAAUGGCCUACUCAUGUCGUCUCACCUACAUGAGUUAUUUGACCAAUAUCUCCUCUCUAUUAAUCCCGACGAUGGAUAUAAGGUUAUCUUGUUUACACCUGGCUUUCAAGAUAUCGAUGGGAAAGUCCUUCAUCCGGCUUGCCGAGACCCGAAUAACCCUGACCAUGUCGCGGACGAGCUCUUGCGGUGGCACUUUCGACAAAGCGUUCUCGCUAAUAUGCGAGGAUCCGGAGAGCCACUUUUCGAGGCAGACUUCCCACCCGAGGCAGAUCAAAUAGCGACGCUGCGAAACGAGCCAUAUGGCAAAGAGAGAUUGGAGAUGGAGCUUGCACUCAGACUUGAACCUCGAGUACGAGAAGCUCACCAAUCAUAG